UCCACUGCUGACCUCUGCACAGGCGAGCCUGACCCCCAGCCAGUCCAGCAAUGACGGGAAAAGCCAGCUCUGAGGCCCCCGCCUGUGGCCCAGAGGAGAUGGCGUCAGAGUCCACCCGGGUGCCCACCACAGAGCCUUCUGGAGAGGCGGCAGUGCCAGAGUCCACCGGGGAAGACCAGGCUCCUGAGCCGCAGGAGCUUGCCUCUCAGGCACCUGCUCCUGCAGCACCAGCAGCCCCUGCAGCCACCCCUGCACCGGCAAGUGAAGACGUCCCCAGUGCCCCACUGCAGCUAACCUUGGAAGACGUGAGCACAAGCUCAGUGACCGUGAGCUGGGAGCCCCCAGAGAGGCUGGGGAGGCUGGGGCUCCAGGGCUAUGUGCUGGAGCUCUGCCGAGACGGAGCCUCAGAGUGGGUUCCUGUGACUGCCCGGCCCAUGAUGGUGACCCAGCAGACGGUGCGUGGCCUGGCUCUGGGAGACAAGUUCUCGCUGCGCGUGGCUGCGGUGAGCUCGGCAGGGGGGGGCCCACCGGCCGUGCUGGCCCAGCCUGUCCACAUCCGAGAGCACGUCGAGGCCCCCAAGAUCCGCGUCCCCCGCCAUCUUCGUCAGACCUAUAUCCGCCAGGUGGGACAGGCAGUUAACCUGCAAAUCCCCUUCCAGGGGAAGCCCAAGCCUCAGGCCUCGUGGACCCACAACAGCCAUGCCCUGGACAGCCAGCGUGUGAGUGUGCGCACUGGGGACCAGGACUCCAUCCUCUUCAUCCGCUCGGCUCAGCGCUCCGAUUCAGGCCGCUACGAGCUUACCGUGCAGCUGGAAGGCCUAGAGGCUAAGGCAGCCAUCGACAUCCUGGUGAUUGAGAAGCCUGGGCCCCCCAGCAGUAUCAGGCUACUGGACGUCUGGGGCUGCAACGCAGCUCUUGAGUGGACGCCACCCCAGGACACGGGCAACACUGAGCUCCUGGGCUACACAGUGCAGAAGGCGGACAAGAAGACAGGGCAAUGGUUCACGGUGCUGGAGCGCUACCACCCAACCACCUGCACCAUCUCCGACCUCAUCAUCGGCAACUCCUAUUCCUUCCGGGUCUUCUCGGAAAACCUGUGCGGGCUCAGCGACUCCGCCGCUGUCACCAAGGAGUUCGCCCACAUCAAGAAGGCAGAUAUUGCUGCCAAACCUAAAGGGUUUAUUGAGCGAGACUUCUCCGAAGCACCCUCGUUCACCCAGCCCCUGGCCGACCACACCUCCACACCUGGCUAUAGCACCCAGUUGUUCUGCAGUGUGCGAGCAUCACCCAAGCCCAAGAUCAUCUGGAUGAAAAACAAGAUGGACAUCGAGGGCAACCCCAAAUACCGUGCCCUCUCAGAGCAAGGCGUCUGCACCCUGGAGAUCCGGAAACCCAGCCCCUUUGAUUCCGGGGUCUACACCUGCAAGGCCGUCAAUGUGCUGGGCGAGGCAUCAGUGGACUGCCGGCUGGAGGUCAAAGCCUCGGCCACACACUGAAGAGCGGCUGGAGGAGGCAGUGACAAGGAGACAGGUGCUGCGGGCCUGAGGGGCCAGACCCCCAGCCCAGAAUCAAACCCCAUGGAUGCCCAAGACCCUCUCGUCUCCAUAGCGACGGCUGAUGGACUUGCCCCUGGUACCUGCGGGCCUCAGUCCCCCAGAGGCUGGAGUCUGGAACCAUGGGGUGGGCCUUGCAGGUGCUGGGCCAGCCUUCUGGGCACAGAGGGGCCUGGAAGGUGCAGAGACUGGGGCACCCACAGAGCUGUGCCCUGGGCCAGAUGCACUCAAAUAAAGAAGGGUGUGGUGUUCCAGAGUGGGGCCUCUGCAGCGAGCGUCAUUGUGAAGGGGGCGGCACGGCGUCACCAUGAGGAAGGUGCCAGCAGGAGGGAUCUCAAGAUGUCAUGGGGGGUUUUCCCAGACACGUGAAUCUCUGGGAUCUUGCUGUCAGGUUCCGGGUUUGCCACCCAAGUGCGUUACCAUAGGAACAGACACCCUCUCUGGA